AUCCAAGCCAGUGGUCUUGCAAGUUGCAAAAUUUACAGCUCCGCCAUGAAAGCCUGAGGCGGGCCUGAGGCUGAAACCUGUGAAAGGCAAGCUGGCAAAAGGUGGCGACCUGCAAGCUAAAAUCAUGAGGGACAGCAUGUGGACGUUCAUCCUCUGGCGCAAGUUGUUGUACGUAGAAGGUACCUAGAGCAUGCCCCGGCCAAAAGACCUUUUUAAAGGACUUCAAUACACGGGGAAUGUUGCUAUGCACUUGGGGCUGGGUUGCUGGUGUUGAGCACCCCAACCAGGAUUUUCAAUGAGGAGAGCAGUAAGUACCGAGAAGUUCCCAACGGCAAACUUGCAUACUCUGGUCUCUUCCCUCACCACUACCCCAGGAGUUCUGAAAUCCUCUCUUCCCAGCCUGUCUAGAGCCCCUCUGACCAUCCUCACCCCACCGCAGCUCCAGCGCAUGCAGGGGGGUGGGGAGCCGGUUAUAACUAGGCUGGGGCUGAAUAGCAGCCCGAAGGUUCCCCUGCUUCCAGCUCAUGAUCAAGGAUAUAAGCAGCCACCAGGUGCUGGGAGCAGGGGCAUGGCUUGCUUUGGCUGCAGGUGCGGAUUCAGCCUGGUGGGAGUGCAGAAGUGGCGGCUGACCAGGACUUUUCAGCGGUGUGGACUAAUUGAGCGCCAGGUUCAGAUAGACGACCAAACGAGCAUCCACUGUUGGGUAUCGAAACCGUUUGCGAAACACCAGGAGCUCCAGAAGAUCCCCCGUCGCAAAAGCCUGCUGUUGCUCCAUGGCUUUGGGGCCAGUGCAAUUUUCCAGUGGGCGGGCCAGAUCAAUGCUUUUCACAAGCAGUUUGACCUGAUCAUUCCGGAUCUGAUCUUCUUUGGCGGCAGUACGAGUUCCAGUGAAGAACGCUCGGAGAUCUUCGAAGCUGCUUCAAUGGCCAGAUUGAUGCACGAUAUCUUCAAAGUGGAGCGCUACCAUGUGGCUGGCAUUUCCUACGGCGGUUUUGUGGCCUACCGAAUGGCCUACAAUUAUCCAGAAAGAGUGCAGCGCGUGGUGUUAACGGACUCCCCCGGUGUGGUCAUGGUUCGCAGCGACUAUGAAAGGAUGCUCUCGACACACGGGGUCGCCAGCACGGCCGAUCUUCUCCUGCCCGAAACGCCCGCUGACGUUCGACGCCUGCUGCAAGUCGCUUACUACCGGCCGCCUUGGGUGCCCAACUUUCUUCUGAGGGACACUUUACAGGUCAUGUUCUCCGAGAUGGUGGAGGAGAAGCGUGGUAUGCUAGUGAAGCUGCUCGAGUAUCUCGACAAGCCAGAGGUGCCGCUCCCAAAAUUGACGCAGGAUGUAUUGAUCGUGUGGGGGGAGCAGGACGAGAUCUUUCCGCUUUCAUUGGCACAGCGGUUGCAAGAGUUUCUCGGCAAGAAAGCCCGGCUCGUCGUCCUCAAAGAAGCCCGCCACGCUUCCAAUAUCGAAAAGCCCAGGGAAUACAACAGGGCGGUCCUUGAGUUUCUUUUACGAGAAGGCGCAUGAUUACAUGCUAUCAAGCUGAUCGACCACCUAUUUAUUAGCAUGUUGCCCACUGCAAACUGCUGACUUUGCAUCAAGACAAGAUGUUCACGAGGUCUGCAGUGCAGUACGUCAACCAGGCUGUCAUAGCUGUCACAUUGAAUGAUGUUGUCAUGGUUAUCAACUUAUAAGUAACGUUGGCGUUAGAAGCCGGACAUUUUGCAGAAGCGACCUGUGGGUCCAGAAUGUUGCGAUGGUGGUACUGGGUCCAAGCGAGACUUCGAGUCAGCCUGGCGAGUGUAACAGCGCGUACGCGGACUCGUGGCAAUGUACGUGCAUAUAUCAAAUCUACCACAUUUAGCGAGAGUGACGGGCAGUGCCUUGUAAUCCGCGAGAGUGACGGGCAGUGCCUU